UGGAGCACUUAUGCACUAUCCUUCAACUAUUUAAUUAAGCAAUCUUUAAACGAAGCAGAAAAAAUUUACUGAAAACGUUCAAUUUACGAUAUUUUUCUUUCGACAAAAUAUAAACAAAUCAUAAUGAUUGAGUUCAAUAAUUAAUCAUUUUCCCCUAUUUAUUCAAUUUAGAAAGAAAAAUUCCUAUUUUAAAUAAGAGUUAAUUUGAAUAAUUGCAUAUGGCUGUUCGAAUUGAAAAUGCAAAUGAUGAGAAAAAAGAUGCAAGUGAUACUUCAUGCAAGCUAAAGGAUAUUUCGCCACUACGACAGCGUUUAAGAAGUUGGUUGAAUAAAAAUAUGCGGAUUGAAAUGACAGAUGGAAGAAUUCUUUAUGGAAUAUUCUUGUGCACUGACAGAGAUCGCAAUGUGAUUCUUGGUUCUUGUGCUGAAUGCUUACCUGCAGAAAGUGAUGAUAGUACAGUUGAAGAACCUCGUGUGCUUGGUUUGGCCAUGGUUCCUGGACAUCAUAUAGUCUCCAUAGAAGUGGAAGUUGACAGUGAUGCAACUACAAAUUCUGAAGUGUUAUGAUUAUAAAUAUUUUAUUAAUAUAUUAUAAUUUGUAAAUAUUUUGUUUAUCCUAAUAAAUAUAAAAUAGAAA